CAUUGCUCGAUACCUGUUCUGCGAAGUGGAUGCAAUGUUUUCUUGUCUCGGAAUAACACGAUUUUGUGAUGAAUUGAUUCGUAAAAUGGAUUUAGUUAAAAACUCUUUGGAUAAACAACAUCAUCUGCCAUGUCUACCGAGUUCAAGAGUCCUACCUAGUUUGUUUACUUGACUUUCACAAUUCUUAUCUGGAGGUGUGGACUUCAUUCGUCUUGGUAUUUUGGUCAUCAGUGUGAGAAAUACCAGCACAGCAUUUAUCGGUGUGGUACUGCCAACAUCCUUGCUUCAGAUAUUUGCAGGAAUUUGCAAAAAGCUAUACCUCUCCAGUUUUGUAAACUGAAAAGUAUAGCAAAUGGUCAGAAGGGGCAGUGAUGUUAUGCCACCUUUCUGGACAUGGCAGGGCUUUGCCUCUGCUGUUGGACAUUUCUCUGGCUCUGGUUCUGGUUCUGCACCAGUAGCGACUCUGCUCAUUUUCCAGACUGGUGCUCAUUUACUUUUAAUAAGUUGAUUGGAAUUUGAACUGAAGUGUCAUGUUAUCUUAGAGAAACCAACCAAAACUCUGAGAUUAAAGCAGAACUUAGUUAUUCUUGACUCCUGGCUUCAUCAAAGGUAUCGGAAAUGUGUAAAGAAAUGUUGUGUUUGGACGAGUGGGACUUGGCCUCAGAUUUGACUGACUUGGUCAAGUCGACCGCAAGAAUUGCUUGGGAAGUGUACCAAAUCUUUCUUCUUUUCCUCGGUGUACAGUCAAGUGUUCAAAGAGAAAAUCCUAAAGUUUAUAAGCUUUUAAAUCAACUCCAGGAGCUGGUGAUAGAGAUGAAAGAUGCGUUCACCCUGGCUAUGGGUGAACUCUCCAAGAUUCAAUACAGCGAUAGGUUACUCGAGGAAAAGGUGGAAGCCAAUAAUGUGGAGAACAGAAAACAGGUGGCUGAUGUUGUUCAGAUGGUUCUGUCUCUAAAGACUGAUUUCAGUAGCGUAACAACUCAAAUCCAAGCUGUAAAUGAGAGCCAGCGAACCCUCCAGCAGCAAGUGGAGACUCUCCAGUCUGAGAGGGAGGUGCUGUUAGAGGAAGUUGCCAAGGUUGGGUCAGUCCAUGACUCAUUGAGGCACAAGUACCCAUCUCAAAAGACCCCCCUGAACAAUGAAGCCCAACUUUCCGUCCUGCUGGAGAAAGCCCAUGGGGGCUUCCAGACCCAUAUCAGUGACCAUGACAGUGGUGUGGCCAAUUGCCGUCCCGGUGACAUAUCUUCUUGCGGUGAGGCUACUCCCCCUACUGGUCAACCCUUAUCGCCGAUGAUGCAGUCGUAUAUCAACGGAUUACACAAUUCACAGGAUCUGCCGGAUGAGUAUGAUUCCGACGGCUCAAUUACUGCAGCAGCCAACAAAAGUAUAGACCUGAGUCGGACGCUGCAUGAUAAGUGUUUAGACGUAGAUGAAUCCAUAUCUAGUGAGGGGGAACCUAACUCUGCUGCCCUGUCUCGAACCCCUAAUGGUGCUACUGAUCAAGGUGCUCUUCAUAUUGAAAAUCCCAUCACGGCUCAGGUGACCAGUCCUCUCCAGUCACCCCUGACACGCAAACUGGCACCUCACGAACAGAUGAUCCAAGAUGGUCAGAGAUUAAGAGUUGCUCGAGAGUUGGUCGAGACUGAGAAAAAGUUCUGCAGUAAUCUGUGGACGAUCAUCGACUUCCUAGUUGAAGCUGUCAAGUCAUCGGGAACCGUUAGUGCCAGGGAUAUGAGUGUGUUGUUUCCUCCAAGUCUACCAUCCCUUUAUGAACUCCAUUCCUCAUUACUGCUGAAGAUGGAGGAUAGACUCGCCAGCUGGAAACUACAGGGAAUCCUUGGCGACAUCUUUGGAAGGAUCAGUGAUUCUAAUUCUGAUUUCUUCCCCCUGUACCAGUGUUACGUCAACGAAUUCCCCUCUGCCUUAGAAAUGAUACGGAAAUCUGCUAAACAUUCACAGAAGUUCAAGAAGCUAGUCAGGGACCUGCAGGGGCAUCCUGCCUGUCAGGGCCUAGACCUAGGGGCCUACUUGCUCACACCUAUUCAGAGACCACCAAGAUAUGUGCUUCUACUCAAACAAAUGCUCAAACACACCGAUCGUGAUCAUCCUGACUUCUAUUACCUCGAGUCAACUCUAAACCGACUGAAGAUGUUCCUAGACCAGCUGAAUAGUUCCAUGGAGACUGGCAUACCAAUGGCCCAGUACUCUUACCAAACUAAGAGAAAACCACCCCGUGCUCGGAGUGCCUCGGCAGCAAAUGGCAUUAGUAGUAGCUGCGAUGGUCUUAACUUCUCAAUGACAACCCGGGACAGCGGUGUGCACUCCCCGGAUGAGUCAUCAUACAUGAAUUCAACGAAUGCCAACGCGAAAAGGUUUUCCCUGUUUAAAAGGAGUUGGGAAAGAUUAUCAAUGAGCUUCUAUCCUCCAAAAUCCAAAGUCAAGCCUGUCCAGUACGACCCUCACGACGUGUCUUCAUCUAGUCUUCAGCAAUCCAAAAAGAUGUUCAGCUCAGCAAAUCAGCUUGACGGUGCUCCUCAACAGUCACAGGAUUCCAUGUUUUCACAUGGAGCGUUAACCAUGCCAUCACGUGGUGACCGCAAGAAGAAAAAGAAACUGAAACAGUUGCAAGAACGUACGGAAAAUUACGAGACUUCUGAACAUUCUGAUCAUCAUAGAUAUAGCCCUCAGUCAACUCCAGCACCGAUGGACCGAAGGGAAUCUCCAUCCGUCAAACUAGGUCAUUGGAAUGACGAACAAUUUAGCAGACGGAUUGAUUCAGAUAGUGAUAUCCCAGCAAAAGAUUCAAACUCGUCCCAUUAUGAGAGAGGUCAUUAUCGCCAGCCAAUCACCUCAGAUACUUCAAUGGAAUAUGACAUGUACAUGGACUCUUUUAAAAAUGGUGACUUAUCAGUUGCUUUGGCGAACAGACGGGAUCCGUUUGUUACCCAUUCCACACCGCGUGGACACCAUCAUCGCUCUCCACGACAUGACUUUGGCAUAUAUGGUGAUGAUGACAAUGACGUUUGUGACCACAGCACAUAUCAGCCAUCAAUACAAACAAAGGGAACACUCACGCGGAGAGUGCCCAAAUUGGGAAUAUCUGGUCGGUCGAAAAGCCAGGAAAACAUUUGUGAAGAAAGAAAUCACGCAAACCCGAUACCACAACCGCAGAACUUAAGCGGUCAACAUUUUAAAUCACGGCCGAAAAGUGCUUUAUCUAUGCCGUAUAUUCAUCCUCCGUCUGGUCAGAAACUCGUUGAACGCGCUUGGGAUGACAACAACUAUCGGUCAAGUAUGUCACAUGACACGAGUGAGAGUAGCCCGUGGAACGAUAGUGUCCUGAACGAUUCUACAUCUGGGAAUAGUACAGUGCUCGAGACUAGUCGCCGGAAGGAGUCCAAGAAAAAACGGAAGGAGCGGCAGCGGCCCAAUGAGUCAUUGUCCCGAACCUCAGAUAGCAAUAAGUCAAAGAAGCGCACCACACUGAAGGACUCAAUUAAACAGAUUUUUACGAGAAAAAGUACCAGUACCAUUAACCCAUGAUUAUCACCAUUUCUAUAGUAGUAAGUUUAACUAGGCUCAUGUUUGAAGUCCUUAUUUGCUUGAUUUUGCAUCAUUAUUUGCAUCGUUCAUUUUCAUUUGAUCACUACCAAACAUUCAAAUUUGAUAUUUUAUGGCCAUGCAUGACUCCCUGAGAUGAACAUUUUGUGUUAAUUCUGAGAUGAUCCCCAUUAACACAUGUACAAUUUUUUUUUGAGAACACCCAGAAUGUAGACCUUGCUCAUUGAGUCAUUAUCAUCCCAUUACAAUCAUUUCUGCAUCCUGUAUUUAUAUCCAGCAUGCAUUUCUCCCAAGCUUGUAUUAUUGUAACAAUAUGUAAAAAAUCAUCCAUGUUCAUUCCUUCUCUCUCCACCCAUGUUUUAAGUUCUGUUAUUAUUUCCAUAGCGAUGGCCUAAGCGAACUUGAGAGUAGUGAUACCUUUAGUCUGUAAGUUGUCACCGGUGUACAUACAUGUGCGUGAGGGUUAGACUAGAAUUCCAAUAGGUUUAUUGUGUGAGCUAUAUACUAAUUCUAGUUUUCUCCAAGAACAUGUAACAUCACUGACUGUCAUCAUUACCCUCACCGAAAAGCAGUGUGAUAUCAGUCAGGAUUCAGUCAGGUUGCAGUGUUACCUCACAUUUUUAUGGCAGUGUUGAAAUCAGUGGAAAGCAGUCAUAGGGAGUGUUUUUCAGUCACGCAAUACCAAAGCAUACAGUUAUACAGCAAUCAAAAAUAGAGGUUAGGGAGUCAUAAGCAGUGGUAAGACAGUCAAAAUCAGUGGUAAGGCAGUCAAAAGCAGUGCUCAUUUAAAUAUUUAGGCUGACUGAUUUCCACUGCUUUUGACACUGAAAAUGACUCCUCACUAUGCAUCAUGCACAGGGCUGGCAGUGGGGUUCAGUGUUAAUUUAAAUAUUUCGCAGCACACUGAAUCCACACUGAAACACCACUGAUUUUGACUGCCAUUUCCAAAACAUCUUGGAGGGAGCAGUCAUUUUCAGUGUUAAUAUGAAUAAUUUAUUUAAUGGCAUGCAGGCACGAACUGUUACUUUUGCUGUCCUAUUUUACUUUUUAGACGGUGUGUUUGCGUCCAAUAUGGCAGUGAUGACAUCAUCUGCACAAAUAGAGGACAUCGCCAUUGUAUGAUGACGUGACACAGUAAAAAGAUGACAAAUUCACAUCCUUGACCUACGUCAUUGCAAACUUUGUCAUAAUGACAGUGGUCAGAUGGGUUACUAGACAAUUGAAAUGACACAUGGCACAUAGCUACUGUCAGUGAUGUCAGGGAUUAAAGCUAGAUCAAAUUGACGUCCAAAUAAAGUAACUGCACACGGCCUGUAGAAUAAUGAUCUACUGAUUGAUGUGUAUUGAGCUCCCAUGCAGAUAAUUUGCAGUGUAUGCAUACAUUACAAUUAACACCUAUAGGGCCUACAGUAGAUGCAUGAAGAUACAUGUAGAUAUCUUGCAGUGUUGCAUGCAUUACAACACCUAUAGGGCCUACAGCCUUCUUGAUUUGCUGAAAAUACAACUUCAGUGUCUGUCCAGAUUACCCUUUUUGCAUUCAUUUGGCUCCUUAUGUGUUCCAAUUCAAACUGACUAAAACUCCCCUCUUCUCAUAUUGAAAUUCGGGUAAAUAUCGAGAAAUAUGAAGAGCUACCAUGAUUUCUUGAAUGUUUGACUAUCAAAUUCAAACUUAAUACUAGCUUCCUGUCUCAGGUUGCAUUAUGGGUGAUAUUUAACACUGAAUUUGACUGCAAUUACCACUGCUUUACACUGCCAUCAAGUCUUAAUCUCACCAGUCAUAAAGCAGUGGUUUUCAGUCAUGUUGAAAAUGCCACGGGUUUCGAUCAGAGUUGGAGAAGUGGAAAUCAGUGGUCUUUCAGUCAUAGGCAGUGUUUUUGAAAUACGUCGUUCAUAAUGAUAUGCAAGUGGCAGUGCUUUGCAGUGGUCUUUCAGUCAAAAUCAGUGGUUUUAAAACAUUAAGAAAAAAUGAUAUGCCUAAGACAGUCAUAUGCAGUGGGGGUUUCAGUCAAAAGCAGUGUGAUGCAGUCAUUUUCAGUGCACUGCCUUUCGGUGAGGGUAGACUCAUUCGGAUUUGAUAAUAUUUCUAACUAACUAAAAACUCAUCACAAAGAUGUGUUGGGUAGGUUUAAUAUUAGAUAGAUAGCAUUUAUUUUCGAGUGAAACAUAUUCACACCUGUCCAUCAUAACAGUCCUCAUGAGAAAUGAAAUCCCCAACAUCCUCCAAAUUAAAAACUAAUGCUCCGCAUUGACACGAAUGGUAGGGUUAGACUAAGAAAUUGACAACACAUGAAACAUUUCCAUCCCACCUGCUCUGUCAGAUAGCAAACUACUACACACCAAACCUGAAGCUCCUUUGAUGUAGAAAGUGUGUGUCAGCUACUGUCAUGACAUUUUGUAUUUUGUUUUUCUAGUUGCCGCUGCUAUUCCGCAUCUAGCUAUAGUACACAGUAUUAAUUUCAUGUAAAUUUACUGGUAGUCGCUUUCUCUGGGCUUGUUUUGAUUUAAAACUAGUAAAAGCUUUGGUAGAGGCCAUAUCAGAAAUGAAACAAGUCCAUUUCAUGCGCUAUACUACUCUUUUUAGCAUGACAUGAUUUUGAAUUGGCAUGCUUUAGCCUCUUUCCUUCUGUUUGUUACAUUUGUUGCAUUCCCUGUACUGCAGUUUUGAAAAAUUUUCACUUUGGGCAUGAGGAAAUCUGAGCAUGCAUCUGUAGCAGGUCAACAUAAACACACAUUUCAUGUCAACACUGAGGGGAUUAAACCUACUAACACGUGGCAAAUUAGUUCGACCUUGUUGCAUUCUCCCAGAUUUCUCUCUGAGAGGUUCUUUUUCCUAGAAUCUCUUUCUGAGAGCAUCUUUAUUCUAUUCUAGAGUUCCUCUGAGAGCAUCUUUAUUCAAACUAGAGUUCCUUAAAAAGAAUCUUUAAUCUAGAGUUUCUCGCAGAGCAUCUUUAUUCUAGAGUUCCUGAGAGCAUCUUUUCUCUAGAGUUACUCUGAGAGCAUCCUUCAUAUCCUUCUAGAUCCACUGUGUCCCACUCUCUCUCAAUGUCCAGGCUUGAUGUCUAUAAAAUAACAUAUGACACAAGUUCUGAGACAACCUCCGAUUCGUAAGUAUAGGAGCGAUGGUGUGGAUUUGACUUUUUAAGCUUGUUUCAUUUGGUUAGUGAUCAUGUUUUGUCUUUGGAAAUGAUUCUUUUCCACUCUGAGAUUGUGAAGUUAUGAUUGGAUCAACGGUAGAAGAGAUGUGUUUUGUGUGUUUGAUUUAACUUUCUUUGUGAAAGGGAUUUGUUACUGGUGCAAGGAAGGGACAAGAAGGUCAUGUUUUGAAGUUGUACCAUGCAGUGCUAGAAAUUUAGCACAUGAUAAAAUUCACAUAAGAAUACCAAAUCAUUUUAAGAUCAAAUUGAGAGAUGCUGGGCGGAAUUUUGCCUAAUCUUGAAUCUAGACAUCAUCUUAAGUUUGACACCAAGUGUACUUUCUAAGUGCAGGUGCAAGUUUCAAACCAAUUAGUUUUGAUGUUUUUCAGGUCAUUUUAUGAUUCAGCUCAACAACUGCAUAUAAUUUUUCAACUAUUUUUUCCUUCUGUUCUUCAGGGGAAGUCGUGUGAUUGAGUUAUCUGACUCGAGCCAGAAGGACUAUUGCAACGAAAGUUUAAACGCGAGUCAUUUAUUCCCAGGAGAAAAUGACCACGGUCGACGAAAAUCGUCGCUUGGAAAUUUAUCGCAACAGACACUUUC